AAGACGACGAAAAAUGAAUAAUUGAAUAGUUGAAAUAGAUUUUCAAUAAUUGAAUUCAACUUUCAGAUUUGACACUACUGGUUAGUUGUGGUGUCUUUCAAGAUAGAUCUAAAAAUUCUAAAGUUGAUCAUACGAAUACAGCAGCAAUGAAAGCUGUCCGUUAUCAUGCAGCAAAAGGUUUACGUGUAGAAGAAACAUCUAUUCCUUCUGCCAACAAAAAUCAAGUUACAAUAGAAGUAAAAUAUGCUGGUAUCUGUGGAACAGAUUUACAUGAAUAUUUACAUGUCCAAUGAUAAUUUCCAUGAAAGAACCUUAUCCAUUAAAUGGACAUUACGAUGUAACAACGAUGGAACAUGAAUCUUCGGGUGUGAUUGUUGAAGUAGGAGAUAACGUUUACAGUAAUGGUGUCAAGACAGGUGAUCGUGCUGUAGUAUAGCCAAUUUUUAGAAAUCCAGAUAAUGUCUUUGCAAAAAGAGGUGAAUAUAAUCGAUCAGAGCCGAUUGGUUUUAUUGGUCUGACCGGAAAUGGUGGAUUUGCAAAAUUUGUUGUUGUGGAAGAUUACAUGGUACAUAAAAUACCGAAUACUGUCAGUUUUGAACAAGGUGCACUAGUGGAACGUGCUACUGUAGCUGUGCAUGCCGUUAAAACUAGUGGUUUACAAGUAGGUAUGUAUCAGGAUCCAACUGUUCAAUCUUUUUCACUAUGA